UCAUCAGCCUGAGGGCUCUUUCGCAGUCAGCUGUUGGAUGGCAAAAAUCAUCGGCCAUCCAACGGCGAAGCGUGGUUCCGUUGCGUGGUUCUGUGUUAGUGCGUCUGAGUUUCGUGUGUUUUUUCGUACGUGUACCUGAGGAAGACUUUUGCGAAAUAUUUUGCUCUUGCUGUGGUCGAUAUGGAUCAGUUAGAUAUCCAAAGGUACCAGAAGAAGUUAAUAUGUGACGGGGUUCGUCUUCCGGAUCCCCUUAGCGUGCCUGAUGGCGACUGGAAAGCCGACCUUUGUCUGCUUCCCAAAGUCACGUUUCCAGACAUAUAUGUCUAUCUCAUUAACUCAGAGGGCAGCUUUACAUCAGAGAACCUGAAGGCAUACAAGUCUCUAGCUUCCUGGGACUUGUUCAAGUCUGGGCACGUGGGGAAGUUGGAGGUGUUCAGACCUGGGCCCAAUCUGAAGUUUAUCAGAUGCGAAGUGCGGGCUAGCCAGAAGGCCAGUGUGAAGUAUCUGACUUGGGUGCUCUGCAGCGAUGAUGGGACUGUGAAGGCUGCACAUUGCUUGUGCAAAGCUGGCCUUGGUGAAGUGUGCAGUCAUGUCGCUGGCACUUUGUUCAAGAUGCAAACUGCAGUGAUGAUGGGUCUAACGGAAAAGAGCUGCACCAGCAAGGCCUGUGAAUGGAACUGCCAAUUCAAGAAGAAGGUUGAACCGAGCACAAUGGCCUCAGUCAGCAAUGAAGCUGGGCUCAACAUGCCUCCAGCAGUGCAAAGGAAUCCGCAAGCUGACACGAUCGUUCAGCAAGAGCUCAUGAAAUUGCUGGAGUUUCAUGACUGUGCUCUGGCGUCAUCUUUUCCAAGUGAUGCUCUCCCAAAAAAGCAAGACGGAGAGCUGCCAUAUCCUCUCCACAAGGCCAUGGUCACACUGAAAAGGCAAAUGGAGCAGGGUAAAACUCUUUCACCAGAGUAUUGCCUGCAGUUCCUGUCGAAGCUGCCGAAGAUGUACCCAGAUCACCUGCUAAGGAACCUAGAGGCUGCAACAGUGGCUCAGAGUCAGUCAGCAGUAUGGAAAGGCCACAGACAUGGUCGGCUGACUGCCUCAGUGUUUGGUGAGGUGGUGCACCAUGUGAGAGGUGGUCGCAAAAGCAGUUCGCUUGUCGACAAGGUGAUCUGCCCUCCAAAACUGUUGCGCACAGAGGCUGUGCAGUGGGGCAUCAGACAUGAAGAUGCAGCAGUGGAAGCAGCCCUCGAGACCAUCAAACUCGUGCACACAGGUCUGAAGGUGAGAAGGUCAGGGCUGUGGGUAUGUAGUAAAGCACCAUACCUGGCAGCUUCCCCAGAUGGCAUCUUGUCAUGCGACUGCUGUGGGGAGACUCUGUUGGAGGUGAAGUGCCCCUUCAGUGUGAGAAACGGUGUUCCCCAAGAAGCGUCCUUCUUGGACGAAAACCUCAUGCUGAAGGAUGACCACAAGUAUAUGUAUCAGCUACAGGGGCAGAUGAUGGUGACUGGAAUGCAGUGUGUGUUCUUCUGUGUGUACGUCCCAGGUCAGGAGCCACAUAUACUGUGCAUCCAGCGGGAUGAGAGUCAGAUUUAUGAUAUGUGCCAGAAGCUGGAAAAGUUUUAUGUCACAGAAGUCAUGCCACAUCUGGUGUCGUAGGACACUGGACAGGACCAUGUACUGACUAGUGAGCUUUACCUACCUCAAUUUGAAAGCUCCAGUUGUCCAGUGGAAUGUCAUAGCAAUGCUGCAAUGUUUGUCAGAGGCCUAGAGACUGGCUAAGUUGGCAGCUGAUUUGUUGCAAAAAUGUACAAUGUUAACAGUCAAGCUAGUAAGCUAGUGCAUUGUAGUUUGGGUUGAACAUUGUGGUACAGCUUUUCUGUUAAUAAAAUGUACUGUGGUCUGUGGAAACUUUUUGUCUUUGCC